UCAAAUGUUAAAUAAUAUCAAAUGUUAAAUAUUGAACUAUUAGUGAACUAUUCUUUUCUAUGCAACCAAUCAUAUAUUUGUUAACGUUCCAAAUUUGACGUAAUUUGAUGAUAUAAGAAGCAUCAUACGGCGGAGAUGCUUAUAAUACGUAAAUAAUUACGUAUCAACGCGUGAUGAAAUGCAGACGUCACUUCUCGUGUCGCAAUCUUAUGAUAAAUCUCUAUCUUUUAUUUACUUCCCCAGUAAUUUACACGAGAACGGGAGAACGGGCGCCAAUAGAUAGACACGUAUAAGAAGUAUAAGAAAUUCUUUUGUAUUUUUAUAUCCACGACAGAUAUCGCGUGGAGAGACUCGUCCCGGGUUUUGCUGUUCGAUAAUGACAUCCGUCUUAUCCCGCGCGGAUACCCUUAUAAUCCACGUUAAUUAUCUGUUACGAGCGAGAUCGAUAUGCUUGGCUGCACGCAAUCGUCGUGGUGUCGUUGGUUCCUUCCACCCGAACUUUCAUGCCGUUGAUCCUUGAACGUUUUAGUUGCGACUGCAGUUGAAACUCGAUUGGGCAAUCGUUCGCAUAUCUCUUCGGCGUGCCACCGAUAGUGGGCUUGUGGAGAUUGGUGCAUGGUCACGGAAUUCCAAGAUCUGGUGUACAGGAACUGAUCGACAUGGUGGAGACCACGAUAGAGUUCAUACCGGUUUACGACGAGGCCACUGCGCGAUGGCUCGAGAGCGAAUUCGCCAGGCUUGAAGGCGAGUGCUAUGUGGAUCAUGCAGGCGCAACUCUAUAUUCGGAUGCGCAGAUCAAAAAUGUCAGUGCCGAUCUACAAAGCUCUCUCUACGCUAAUCCGCAUUCCAUUGGUAUCGGGAGUUCGUCGACACAGGACAUUAUCGAACGUAUGAGAUACCGAAUUCUAAGCCACUUCAACACGAAUCCCGACGAAUACAGUGUUAUCUUCACCUCGGGCGCCACCGCGAGCCUAAAGAUAAUCGCGGAAGGAUUCCGUUUUAGAUCGGACGGAAAUAGCGAGACGGCAACUGGGAGUUUUGUUUACACGCAAGAUAAUCACACGUCGGUCCUCGGGAUGCGGGAUGUCGUCGGUGUCAGAGGUGCCGAGGUCAUUUGCCUAGACCACAAUCAGGCGUUUCAGGUUUUCGAUCAGCAUUCGACCCGGCGCGAGCCCGACGAGAGACAAAGCGACAAUUCUCUCUUCGUGUAUUCCGCGCAAUGCAAUUUUUCUGGAUUCAAGUAUCCCCUAGAAUGGAUAGCAGACGCGCAUGCUGGAGCACUGUCUACUUUCGCAAAUAAACCGUCAACCAGGUGGUACGUUCUGCUCGAUGCGGCCAGCUUCGUAUCAACGAAUAAUUUGGAUCUAUCUGUUUUCAAACCAGACUUCGUGUGUCUGUCUUUUUAUAAAAUGUUUGGCUAUCCCACCGGUAUCGGUGCCCUGCUGGUUAAGAACGUCAGCUCGGAUGUUCUAGAGAAAGUUUAUUACGGCGGUGGUACUGUGAACGUCGCUCUCAGUACCAAAAGGUUUCACAGAAAACGUCAGGUAUUGCACCAAAGAUUCGAGGAUGGAACCAUACCGUUUCUAUCCAUCGCGUCGUUAAAAUAUGGCUUCGAGAUACUUUCGAAGCUGACUAUGGACCAAAUAUCGAAGCACGUUUUUUCUCUCGCCAAAGCUCUGCAUUACUCUUUAUUGACAUUACAUCACUGCAAUGGUAAACCGGUUGUAAAGCUCUAUUCGGAUUCCGAUUACGAGGAUCGCGUCUCGCAAGGUGGCAUUGUCACAUUUAAUCUCAUUCGAUCGAAUGGUGAAUAUGUGGGAUACAUGGAGGUAGUAAAUAUGGCAGCGUUAUUUAAGAUACAUCUUAGGACAGGCUGUUUUUGUAAUCCCGGUGCGUGUCAGAGACACUUAUCCCUUUCGACCAAAGAAAUUCUUCAAAACUACGAGGCGGGUUACACGUGUGGUGGCACCACAGAUUUAUUAAAUGGGAAACCGACCGGAGCAGUAAGAAUUUCAUUUGGAUAUAUGUCUACGAUUAAAGAUGUUCAGACGGUCUUGCUUAUGAUUAUCAAAUGUUUCGUGGAUAAACCAUGUAUUAGAAAACUUCCGCAAUGGUGGGAGGAUCGGAAAAUGGAUAUUCAUAAAAGCCACAAACGCUUUUACAAUUCCAACAUUUUGGAUUAUCCUAUUCCGCAUAUUAUAAAUAGUAAGAAAAAUAUUAUAAACAAUAAUUUACGGAACGAUUUCUAUAAUAAAAGUGAAAGCUUCGAUCAUGUUAUAAAUUCUAUAAAAUCUAGCAAAAUAAUUACGCACAUAAACAAAUGCACUUUGCAAAGGUUAUUUAUAUAUCCUAUCAAAUCGUGUGGAGCAUAUGAAAUUGUAGACUCGUGGAAUUUAAAUUCGAAAGGUUUAGAAUAUGACAGAGAAUGGAUGAUAAUGACAUCUGCCGGAACUUGUUUGACGCAAAAGCAUCAUAUAAAUCUAUGUUUGCUUAAGCCUGUUAUUUUUAAAGAGCAAAAGAUAAUGGAACUAACAUAUCCAGGAAUGCCAACAAUCGAGAUACCUUUAGAAAAUAUUUAUCAACAGUCAAUGGAACAUCCUAUAUGUCAAAGCAGAGUAUGUGAGAGUAGAGUACAAGGUAUUGAUUGUGGAUCAGAGGUUUCCGAGUGGCUUAGUUUGGCAUUGGGCAAACCAAAUCUUAGAUUAAUUCGGCAAAGUCAUAGCAGACAGAAGAAAGGAACAAAUAAAGCGGAAUUAUCAUUUUCUAGUCAAGCGCAAUAUUUGGCAAUAAAUGAAGGAAGCGUAUCAUGGCUUAUCGAUAAGGUAUUUGAUGAUUCGGAGUUCAAGAAAGAUACGGCUGUGCAUCGAUUCAGAGGAAAUAUUAUUAUAGGAAAUUGUAAAGCUUUUGAUGAAAUGCAAUGGGAAUAUGUUCGCAUAGGAAAUAAUAAUUUUAAAGUAAAUGGUCCUUGCACAAGAUGUCAAAUGAUAUGCAUUGAUCAAACAACUGGGAACAAAACUAUCGAACCAUUACGAACAUUAGCGGAAGAGUUUCAUGGAAAGUUAAAAUUUGGGAUCUAUUUAACUAGAUUGGAAGAUUCGCAAGGUAUACUUAAGAUUGGUGAUCAUAUCUAUUAUUCUUGAAUGAGAAGAUUCUUGAAUCUUCUCUAAAUAAAUAAUUAGCUAAUUUUCAUGCAUAAAACUUAUCACGAGUUAUAGAAGAAUCUCAUAUGUUUAAGAGUUUUACUUAGUACUAUAUAUUAUUAAGUAUGUGAAAAUUUUAUAUAUAUAAUAAUUUUUUAUUUCUGUAA